GUCAAAAUCGCAGGUGUUGGUGAUUGGUAUCGAGCAAAACUAAAAUCAAAUCUAGUAAAAUAACAAUAAAAAAAGUAAUAACACAUUAAAAAUAUAUUUCAAAAAUAUAAACACACGAUUGUUCCUUUGAUAAUGGAGAAAAUCGUUUCAACCGUUCCUUGUAUUUUAUUACAAAGUGUUAAUUGAGUGUGACGAAGUCGUGAAUACAAGAAAAAUUCUAAAAUGCCUCGUUUUUAUUGAUUAGUCGUCAUAGAAAUUAAUAAACAUCAUGUUUCGGAGCCGAAGUUGGUUUGGAGCUGGAUGGGGCCGUCCAAAAAACCCUCAUUCCCUUGAGAGAUUGAAGUAUUUACAUAAUAUUCUGUGUAAAAACACCACCGUUUCUGAAAGUAACAGAGGAACAUUGGUGGAGUCUUUGCGAUGUAUAGCUGAGAUUCUGAUAUGGGGUGACCAGAACGACAGUUCAGUUUUCGAUUUCUUCCUAGAAAAAAACAUGCUCUCUUACUUCCUGAAGAUCAUGCGGCAAAAAUGUGGAGGCUCGUCAUUUGUGUGUGUGCAACUACUGCAAACACUAAACAUUUUAUUUGAAAAUAUUAGAAAUGAAACAUCUCUAUAUUAUUUGCUCAGUAACAACCAUGUGAAUUCAAUAAUAGUCCAUAAAUUUGACUUCUCUGAUGAAGAAGUGAUGGCUUACUACAUAUCAUUUCUGAAGACAUUAAGCCUGAAAUUGAACAACCAUACAAUCCACUUCUUUUACAAUGAGCACACAAAAGACUUCCCGUUAUACACAGAAGCAAUCAAAUUCUUUAACCACUCUGAAUCUAUGGUCCGGAUCGCAGUCAGGACUCUUACACUAAACGUGUACAGGGUCCAGGAUGCCAGCAUGUUGAGGUUUAUAAGGGACAGAACUGCGGCUCCAUACUUCAGCAAUCUGGUCUGGUUCAUUGGGAAACAUAUUCUAGAGCUUGAUGCUUGUGUACGGAAUGACGCAGAUCACCAGUCUCAACAGAAGCUUGACGACUUAGUAGCCGAGCACCUAGACCAUUUGCACUACAUAAACGACAUAUUAUGUCUCAACAUUCCUGACCUAAACGACGUUCUCACCGAGCAUUUACUCCACAAACUUCUCGUGCCACUGUACAUUUAUUCUUUGACAUCAGAAUCUCUAAGAUCCCCGUAUAACAGAGAACAUAUACAAAGCAUAGAGGUCAUAACGCGCAAUCUAGAAGCUAUACUGAAAGGAAAAAACACUGAUGUAUCACCCGGUAGAUUUAAUUUUCCAAGACGAAUGGAAUCAGACGAGGAAAAGCCGUCAGUGUCUUGUGUUGUAUCAUUAUUUCUACUAUCACAAGUGUUCUUAAUAAUCACACAUGGUCCUAUAGUUCAUUCAUUAGCGUGGAUAAUAUUACAGUCAGAUCUAUCAGUAUUCGCCGAGGGCGCUACCAAAAUUCUAGAAAUGUACAUAAGUAAUGCCAAAUCGAAUGUAAAGUUAGAGUUUUCUAAGCCGCAGUUGAGUUUAGAGAAAGCUUUAGAGAGUACUUCAGGGCAUGAAAGGGAUUAUACGACUCCAGAAUUUAGCGGCGCCAAAGCGUUUGGGUAUGAAGACAAAGAUACAGAUCAUUCGAGUUGUGAUCUCGAUCCUGAGUUGGUAUCGACUUCCUUGCCGUCCACAUCUCAUAUAAGCGAGUCAUCUAGUGUUGUAAACGAUUCGACUGAAGAUUUGGUGACUCAAAUCCACUCAGUCAGAAGCGGGAUUAUGUCGCCCAAGGAAAAUAUGCCAGAUUCUCCAUUGCCCGAUUCUGGUAUCGACUCCAGUUCGAGUAAAAUGUCAGAGUUAAAUAAUAUAACGGACGAAGAGAAACAAAAGUUACUUUGCGGAGCAACGAUUAUAGAAAGAGUUAUAUCUUUGGAAAGUAUUAUAGAAAAAGAGAAUAAAGAAAUCGAGAAGAGGCCGUUUUUGAAAACGAUUUUAGAUUCUUUGGACUGUAGCGAAAACGAUUACAAAGCAUUGUUCGCUCUGUGUUUAUUAUUUGCAUUGAUUAACAAUAAAGGUGUGAACACGGAGUUAUUGGACACCCUAUUAUGUCCGGAGUCAGAAAUCCCAACAGCAUCGAGUAGUACUAGCGCGCAGACGGAGGCGCCCUCUAGCGACGAUGAUCAACAAUCGACGCCCCAGUCGGACAGGCGAUACAUGCAUAGUUUUAAUGCGUUGCUCAUUGCUAAGUUGAUGACGAUUGCCAACUUGAGUUGUAGACCAGCAUCAAGAGUCCGGCUAGUAACGUUAGAACUAAGCGUGACACUGGUUCGGAUAGCGAUGCAGGGAGCGGCGGGCGUCGCCGGCGGCCGUCAUAUAGCGGCGGCGGACGCGCUAAGAGGACGCGCGGCCGCUUUAGCUAGAAACUUCUAUAAAUGCGACGACAUAUUCCUGGACAUGUUUGAAGAUGAAUAUUGUGAGAUGAGCAAGCGUCCCUUAAACGUUGAAUGGCUGUGUAUGGACGCGGCCAUACUGUUGCCGCCCACCCGCACGCCGAUGUCCGGCAUCGCAUUUGCUAAACGACUGCCCAGUGGAGAAACGGAGCGAGCGAGGCGUGCGAUAAGAACUUUCUUUUUAAUUCGGGAUCUGUAUCUGAAACUAACGGGAAAACCAGAAACACAGUUGCCAUUGACCAACCCCGCACCUUUUGUGCAAGUGGGGGAUAUUUUAGACUUGAACGACUCAGAUCUGAUAUCAUGCGACAUAAUACAGAAGGACGGCACGUGGCAGCACCGCUUUCUGGCGGUCGACAACAUCCAGAUUAUACUGGUGGAGCCCGAUAAGCAGAAGCUGGGCUGGGGCGUCGCCAAGUUGGUCGGCAGCCUGCAAGAUUUGGAGAUACAAGGCGAUAAAGACGACCCUCGUUGCCUCCACCUCACAAUCCAUAAGCCCCGCGUGGGGGCCGGCGGCGCGUUGCCGAGAACUAUUCUGUUGAGGGCCAAGUUCAAAUUUGAUGACCACAUACGAAGCAUGGCGGCGAAACAACGGCUUACUAAGGGGCGAACGAAAUCCCGUCAAAAGAAAAUGGCGCAGAUCGGGCGUCUGCUCGAAGUGUCCGGGAUCUCGGCGCCGGCGCUGCAGCCGCGACACCGGCCGCUCUUCACCAGGCCCUUCACAGCCAUCCGCAGAUCUACUGGAGGCGACGGAGACGACACGGAUACGACACGAAGGCUACGUCGCCCUAGCGCUCAUAUGCUGAAAGACGGCAUCGUCGUUUAUAGAGAGCGAACUACUAGCAGAGAAAGUAGUGUGUCACGGACAAGCAGUACACAUGGAUCUCGAGAUGGCUCCCCGCGGUCGCGCUCUGAAGACAUACCUCUGGAAAAUAUCAGGAGGAAUUCCAAAAUUGCUGUCAGCGAACCCCAGCCUGACCAAGUGAGUCAACCCAGCACAUCAGCCCAGUCAAUAAAACCUCAGAUCUCUUCAGAGGAGACAUCAUUCAUUUCAACUGACAAGCCGCGACCGAAACGCAAGGGAUUGGUCGAAACCAUAUGAUAUUAGCUGAAACGUUCACCGGACCAGCUGUAAGUGCGAGACAGUGACUCAUAUUUCAAAUGCCAUAUGGUUGAAAUUUUAAUGAACCCAGGUGGAAAGAAAUACGUGCAAUGUUAAUACGUGUUUUUGUCUAUUGGUAUGUGAAGUUCGAUAUCCUCUAAAAGGAACACAUAACAAGAAAAUAUAAACAAUUUUUACGUGCUAUUUGGUUUUCUGAUGAAGUAUAUAUUUAUUUUUCUAGUUUCGAAGUUUGAAAUUAGAUUUUCAUAGAUAAUCAAAUAUAUAAGAAUUGAACAAACAUUAGAAAAACGAAAAAACUACUUCAUUGAUCUUAAAAAAAUGUAUAUGAUGAAUGAACUGAACUUGAUUGAAAGCGGCUUGAUUAGUUGAAUUAUUAUAUUAUAUUCAUUAUUUUAAGAUAAAUACGUCAUAAGUCUGUCAAAAAGUGAAGACAUCAAAUGAGGACGCUAUGUCCUGUUGGCUGGGAACACUGGGUGUUUAUCAACCAGUCUAAACUGUUCUAUGUUAUUCCAAUGGCAAAAAUAUGUAGUUCGUCAAAUUUUUUCUUCACUUUAUGACAGACUAUACAGUCGUGAACAUAGCUCAUUUAGACUCUAAUUCAUCUUUUGACGUUUCAUCAGCCAAUCAAUUUCCAGUAUUGGUCGCCGGAUCAAGUAACCUUAUGAUAAAGGCAGAUUCACAAAAUAACAACUGGAUAGAAAUUUCUCUAAAUCAUUUUCACUAAAGGCGACUUAGAAUGUCAAAUUUUCAGAACGACACAUGCGAUUUAUCUCUCUUUCAUCGUUUUACGAAUGGGUCACAGCAUAAAAAGCAAUACUAAAAUGACAAUUUCACUUCUUGUGUAUUUUUCAAAUAGACAUAAAAUAAAUACUGUGAUUUUAAAUACCAUACGCGUGACGAAAGAUGAGAAAUGACGUAUCUAUGGCUUGCAUACGUUUUUUUUUUACUAAAAUGUCAUCUUUGACAACAAAAUCGUCUGAGGAACUUGUUACAUUCAGUGAAAAUCAUGUCCGUGCAGUAAAGCGUUGAGGAGUUCCCACGUUGAGAGCCGAUCUUGGGUUCACCAUGUUCAUUAUGCAUUGUCGUGGAAACUGAAGUGACGUGGAAAAUUUCAACUCUGUAUUGUGCAUAUAAAUCGUCUGCUGCGUCUCAUCUUUCGUAGCGCGCAUUAUUUUUUCCUUACAAAUCACUCACACAAUAUCUUAAUUGACUAGCAUAAUCAAUCAAUAUCUUAAUCACUAGAUAUAAAACUAACCAAAUAUAUAAAGUAUUACUCCCGUUAGUCGUGCCAUUAAAUAUCUAAUGAAAUGUAUAAAUGGUACAAAAUGGUUCUCAAUUGCCCAUCUAUAUAUAGACUCAUAUAUUAUAUACAUUUAUAUGGCUAGUUUUCCCCACUUAUUACAGUUUACACACUAUAUUUUCGAUCGUUUUCUGUGGUUGUUGCAAAUAGUUUAUCUGUUGGAUUUUAAAUACCACUUAAUACCACCACAAUAUUUCCUUUGAAAUCCGUCAUUUCGUGUAGUGUAAUUUGACGUAAUAAAAAAAAAAGUAGAUAGUUCUAGCAAAAUUACGAGUAUAAUAAUAAUAUAGCAUAUUUUUAUAAAACCUUCGUAUGGAUCUCUUGCAACGUCCAUGUAUUUAUGUAUGUGAUAGCAGUAGGUAGUCUAGUAAGGAGUUUUUUUUUUUCUCACGGAUUUUCCAUUGUUAUUUUAUGGUUUGGUUUCUACUCGACACGGCAUCAUUGAUAUUCCAAUAAUAUUUUAUUAAAAGGCUUGUCUAUCGGAAUAUAUGUUUGAUGUCAUGCGAUCAGGAUUAACUUUUUACUUUUACCUUUAACUUUCUACACGGUACUUUAUGUUUGAGUACGGGUGUUUCAAAUAUAUCUACAUAUUUCAUCAAUAUUGGCCCAGCGAUUAAGCCUGGAAAGCGUGACAGACUUUCUGAUUCUGAUUGAUAAUUUUAUGUAUCGAUAAUAGAUAGGAUAGGAUAUGAAUAUCGUUAUUGUUGGUGACUUUAAAUGCCUAAACCUGCCUAUUAUUUAUACUAAAAUCAUUUGUCUGAAAUAAUUAUAAAUAUUUUGCGUGUUUUUAAUUGAGAGAGGAUUUUUAUUAUAAUUAUUAGAUUAUAUUGACAUUUUUUUAAAUGUAUGCAAUGAAAAUAUUUCCUUGGUUCCUUUUUUUUACAAAAGUAAUUUAUACUUGAAUGUGAUAACGUUUUUUUUUACGAUUAAUUUAAUUAUAGUUUAUUUAUCGUACUCCGUGAUAGACGUAAAUACUUAAAAUAAGAGCUGUAUUGACUUGGAAGUGUGUAUUUUUUUGAAAGUGACUUGUCUAUAAGAUAUCCCAAUGUUUAUUAAUUUUAAAUGUGUAAUAAAAGCACAAUGGUGGUUAUAGAUAACGUAUAAGGCCUUUUUUUGCUAUAAUUUGUGCUCUUUAAUAUGACUAAAUAACAAAUCUGAUACAUACUCGUAAAUACAUUCAAACAGGUUUCUCCUGUUCAGUGUCCAGGAUUUUCGAAAUUUUUAUCACUUUGUGACCUACUUAACUAUAAUUAUUCUGUUUUCUUACCAAAACCUAAUUAAACAUAAGUUUCAUUCUAAAUAAGAGAGCCACACUUUUAAUUUGUGAUCUUAAUCUUAUUUACCAACGUUUGCAAUAAAUAAUGUAAUUAUUUUUGUUCAGAGACAUAUUAUUGUAGUUGUGAAAUGGAAUAUAUUACCUGUUAUGACUAUAA